AAAAGACCUAAACAUUAAACCUUUCUGCAGUAGAUUGAUCUUACAACAUACAAAAUGGACUCCUUGAAACUGUUGUACGUGAUUCUGUGUGUCGUGUGUAUUCUACAGUCUUGGACUUUGUCAAUGCAUCUGUCUUCGAAUCAAGAUAAAGAAAAAAGAGGAUCACAACACCUUAAGGACGUUUCGCUUGACAUUUUAAGGAACAAGUCCCUGACCAUGGGUUCUUUCGUUAUGGAAGGAAGUGGGGGAGGGGACAUUCCACCAACACCGGUUGUAUUAGAUCUGCAAGCAACAGGCUUAGACCGGAAACUGCUCGGACUUCCGGCAUGGGAGUACCUCAUAGUUGGUCUAGUGGUGUUUUUUGCUACCUUUAUCGGAGGAAGUGUAGCGAUCGGCUGCAAAAAAUGUAGCGGCGUGUUUGGAAGCCGUUCGGAUAAAGACACAGAUUACUAGUGGAAUAAGACACUAACCCCCACCCCAUCCAUUUAUGGCGUGAGAGUAGCAAAGAGAAAGAGCUAUGCGUAAUAGAUUUUUGACACUAAUGUCAUUAUGUAUUAUACACUUUGUGAAUUUAUAUAUAGACCAAAGGAUGAUUGGCUACAAAGUGGAAU